AGCUACCCAAGAUUCCCAUGUACAGAAAGCGGCUUUACUAGUCUUCCCAAAGAUAGAGGUCGUGCCGAAGUAGUCUCAUUGUCACUCAGAUUCGUGUAAGUGUAAGUACAGACAAAGAAGAAGCGAAGUGUCGUAGCAGUAGGCGACUAAUAACCUCCCUCAUGCUCAUCUGGCUUUAAAUCAUCAAAGUCGGUACCGAAAUACUCUGUGAAAAACAUCAAAAAAUAAACACAAAUACUAUUAGUAUUUGUGUUUAGAUGAUUAAAUCAUCAUUCACUACAUCAAGAUGGAUAGUGAGAAUUUCGCUGCCUUCCUACUUGUCUAUGCAGCUCUGACAGUGAUAAAGAUAGCAAUACUUCUGUAGAACUAGUAGCGAAUAUCAACACGUUUCAAGUUGCAUUUUUGUUCUUCACCUUCACUUUCUCUUUCCACGUGCAAAAUAGAAACUUCUUGAAUUUCUUUUGUACAAAUAACCCGCACGACAUCGAGUACUAAGUUUCGCACGUUUGAAGAAAAAAACACAGUCCCAAUCCAAAAAUGACAUCCUCCCCGAAAAAAAAGUCUGGUCUCUGCUGUGUCGGUGGCGGCGACGACACCGCCGCGGCCAACGCAGCCCCCGAGGGGUCCAACAUUCCCCCACAGCUGAUGAGCCAGCGCUCGCAGUCGCACGAAGCCAACCCGUUUGCCGCGAAGUGCUUGAAGGAGUUGCCGGGGACGAAAAAGUACUACUUUUCGCUCCCGGCACUGAACGAUCCGCGGAUCGCGUCUUUGCCCUACAGUAUCCGGAUUUUGCUGGAAUCGGCCGUGCGCAACUGCGACGGGUUUGAAGUGAAAACUGCCGAUGUGGAAAACAUUUUGAACUGGAAAACCACAAGUAAGGACCAGCAGGAGGUACCGUUCAAGCCCGCCCGGGUGUUGCUGCAGGAUUUUACCGGCGUUCCCGCCGUGGUUGACUUCGCUGCGAUGCGGGAUGCCAUGGCACGGCUUGGUGGCGAUCCGGACAAGAUUAACCCGCUGGUGCCCGCGGAUCUGGUACUUACCAUGGGCUAUUGCUCAGUUGCUAGGAAGUUUUCAAGUUGGAACUUAGAAUUCCUAUCUUCGCAAACAAUUAUCUUAGUCUUACAUGCUUCGCACAACUACAGGUGAUCGAUCACAGCGUCCAAGUGGACGUGUCCCGCGACGCUUCCGCUUUGGAGAAAAACCAAGAAAUCGAGUUUAUGCGCAACAAGGAGCGGUUUGCGUUCCUGAAGUGGGGCGCGCAGGCGUUUCAAAACAUGACCAUCGUUCCGCCCGGGUCCGGCAUUGUGCACCAAGUCAACCUAUGCACUGCAAAUGUGUCGUAUUAGUAGUUAUUGCAUUACAAAUUUGCUCUGCAUGACAAAUGGAAUUUGUCAUGCUGUUUUACCCUAAGAAGAAGAUUUGUCAUGCAUAUACGGCAAUCAGUAAACCAUGAUUGCGAUACUUUUGCAAUGCAUACAACCUGGAGUACCUGGCCCGCGUCGUGUUCGAGAAUGAGUACUCCACUCUCUACCCGGAUUCCCUCGUCGGCACGGAUUCGCACACCACCAUGAUCGACGGGUUGGGUAUCGCGGGGUGGGGCGUCGGCGGGAUUGAGGCAGAGGCGGUGAUGCUGGGACAGGCGAUCAGCAUGGUCUUGCCCGAGGUGGUCGGGUUCAAACUCACCGGGACUUUGAAGCCGACCGUCGUUGCCACGGAUCUGGUCAUCACCUGCGUCGCGAUGCUGCGGAAGCUCGGCGUGGUGGGGAAAUUCGUCGAAUUCUUCGGCGACGGGUGCGCAAAUUUGACUUUGGCCGAUCGCGCCACCAUCGCGAACAUGGCCCCAGAGUAUGGCGCGACGAUGGGCUUUUUCCCAGUGGACGAACAGGCGAUGAUCUACCUGAGGCAAACGGGUCGGUCCGAAGAGAAAAUCAAGCUGGUGGAACAGUAUCUGCGCGCACAGGGCCUGUUCCGAGAAUAUGGUGAGGGGAAGGAGGUAGGAAUUUAGUACUGAUGUUGAGGAUUGGACUUGUUCGGUUUGACAAUUUACGACCACACUUGGAGUCAACAUAGCGCGUCAAGAUUGAUGCAGCUUGUAAGUAGAGAAGCAUUUUUCAACGAGGAUCCACGUAUUUCAAUUUUUGAUAUAAACAAUUUUCCAGGACCCAGUGGAGUACACCCAAAUCCUGGAGCUCGAUCUGUCCACGGUCGUCCCCUGCGUGUCCGGUCCCAAGCGUCCGCACGACCGUGUUGCCCUGUCCGACAUGCCGUCCGACUUCACCAAAUGCCUCACCGCGCCAGUCGGGUUCAAGGGAUUCGGCUUGGGUGAUGCUGUCCUAUCAGACACAAGUAGCUUUACCUACAGUGGGAAUGGAGAGGAGUUCGAGUUGAGCCACGGUAUAAAAAUCCUUGCAUGUAGUUGGAGAUGGACGUUUAACUUGAAGUCGAGCAGUCAGGAUGUGUGGACCACUUUAUAUCUUCAUUACAUGCCUUGCGAUAUUACAAGGCCGGACACGAUGAAUCGUCCAACAUUUUAUAUUCACUACAGGUAGCGUCGUCCUCGCCGCCAUUACCUCCUGUACCAACACGUCCAAUCCCGGCGUGAUGCUUGGCGCGGGCUUGCUCGCGAAGGCCGCGCAUUUGAAGGGUUUGCGCGUGAAGCCCUACGUCAAAACCAGCUUGUCGCCGGGUUCCGGGGUCGUUGACCAGUACUUGCGGAAAGCCGACCUCCUCCCGUACUUCGAACAGCUCGGAUUUUACACCACCGGGUUCGGGUGCCAGUCCUGCAUCGGCAAUUCCGGCGACUUGGAUGAGGAGGUCGCGGAUGCGAUCACGAAGAAGGAUUUGGUGGUCGGCGCGGUCUUGUCCGGAAACCGAAAUUUCGAGGGUCGUGUCCACCCCUUGACCCGCGCCAACUACCUGGCUUCCCCUCCGUUGGUCGUCGCCUACGCACUCGCCGGGAAGCUGCAGAUUGACUUCGAGAAGGAGCCGCUCGGGAAGGACAAGGACGGGAACGACUGCUUUCUCGCCGAUAUCUGGCCGUCGAAGGAAUUAGUGGAGGAAACCGAGAAGAAGUGCGUCCAGCCGGAGAUGUUAUGCAAUACAAAUCUUCUGUACACGUACAAAAUGCAUCACAAAUUUCAUCACCCUCAAAAGAAGCAGCUUGUCAUGCUGAACAGGUUUGAAGGAAAAUUUUGUCAUGCGGAAGCCACAUAAAAAUUGGUACGUGUGUAGGAUGAAAUUUCCUGUGGAUAAGUGUUUACGGAAGUGUACGCGAAGAUGAAGCAGGGAACAGACCGGUGGAACAAUUUGGAAGUCGCCACGGGGUCGCAAUUCGCCUGGGACGAAGCGUCGACCUACAUCCACAACCCGCCGUUUUUCAAGUCAACUUUGGUCGACCCGACCCCGAUCGUGAAGCUGGAGAAAGCUUACUGUCUGCUGAACUGCGGAGACUCGAUCACGACCGACCACAUUUCCCCGGCCGGGAAAAUCACGAAGAAUUCCCCCGGCGGCCGGUAUUUGAUCAGCAAGGGCGUGGAUCCGAAGGACUUCAACAGCUACGGCUCGAGGCGCGGGAACGACGAAGUGAUGGCCCGCGGGACCUUUGCGAACAUAAGACUGGUCAAUAAGUUGGCAGGUACUAAUAUGCAAUUUUUUUUUGAAAAUGAAAUAUUUGAUGAAGACUCUUUGCGAAAAUGGAGACAGCACCAUCAGAUAGAUGACGCUUGCCAAGUUGUAGACAUGCGAGUUCAGUUACAAGUGGGAGUGAGUGCUCAGUCUUCUACGAUAAAUCACAAGUUUUAUCAUUAUCACAACUCAGGCAAAGUCGGUCCGCAGACGCUGCACGUUCCGUCCGGCGAGAUUCUCGACGUGUACGAUGCGGCAGAGAAGUACAUGCAGGAGGGAUUUGGCACCAUCAUCAUGGCUGGCAACGAGUACGGGUCGGGGUCUUCCCGCGAUUGGGCCGCGAAGGGUCCCUUUCUCCAGGGCGUCAAGGCCGUGAUCGCGCAGAGCUACGAGCGGAUCCACCGAAGUAAUCUCGUCGGGAUGGGGAUUCUGCCGCUGCAGUUCAAGAAGGGCGAGUCGGCGGAAACGCUGGGGUUCACUAUGCAUUGCAAAAGUAUCGCUGUACGAGUAGUAAUCGCAUUACAAAUUGGCUCAGCAUGACAAAUGGAAAUUUGUAAUCCUGAUUGACCUUAGGAAAAAGAUUUGUAAUGCCCAACUGCAAUUACUACGAGCGCGAUACUUUUGCGCAGGAUAUUCACCGGGAAGGAGCAAUUUACCAUCGACCUGCCGGCCGCCUUGAAGGACUGCGGAAUGGACAUCGAGGUGCUCUGCGAAAUAUGCAUUGCAAAAAUAUCGCACUUGGUAGAAAUCGCAUGACAAACUUCUUCAAGAAGAAAAUUGGGUUUUGUCAUGCAGACUUAGGUCAACAAGGUAGAUCUGCCAUGCAUGACUUCGAUAAGUGGGAUAGUUUUUGCACAGCAUACGAAACCACGGGAACCAAGUUCACUGUGGUCAGCCGCUUGGACACCGCACCGGAGCUCAAGUACUUCCAGCACGGCGGGAUUUUGAAUUACGUCCUCCGGAAAAUCCUAUAGGGCUGCAUCGCAGGUGGAGCGACGGCGGAUCAUAAAACUCAGUUGCUGACGAGUAGUUCUUGCAGAGAUGAUGAGCUGCAAGGCGCGGCGGAGAAGGUUUUAUUUUCCAGCAAGACCAUCAGCUACGAAUUUGCUUCCUGCAUUGUGGCGGUCAAGCGUUUUCUCCACCGCUGCUUCGAGUUGGAUCGUGGUGAUACUGUUGCCAGAGCAAGCGAGAACACCUUGCUCAAUUUCGUAAUUGCGAUUUCCUUGUGCUUGAUGUGUGAUGAUUUUUUCAACAAGAUAACUGGCUGCGAUUGGAAGUUAAACUUGUAUGGUAGAGCAAUAACGUCUUCUCUACGGUAUUGUGUAGCUCAUUCUGUAAUCAAAGUAGAACUUAAAGAAGUCAGUCUUGUUUGCCUUAUCAGAAGCAAGAGAUGUAGGCUCUCUCUAAAAAUAUUUUUUUUCAACAUCGAGACGAUUUCUACCUCCUCUAUUCUACCUCCGUUUCAAAAGAUUCCUGCCUUUAGUUUGUUUUUUUUCGUAGAAGUUGAAGUACCUAUGUUGAAGAAAGGGGGCACCUUCGAAAAAGGCAUGUAUAAAGUGAAAUCUACUUCGCGACAAGGAAGACAACAAUCCGGAACGGCGCGAGUUAUCUUCCGUAGUGGUUUAGCAAUGUCUUUGCAUUCGCCCUGUUGUGCGCGUUCUCAUGUAGCUUCACACCGUGAGAAGAACUCUGCAGAAGCAGAGCCGUUGGACCUAAUAACGACCAGAAACCUUCUUCUCGCCCCUCAAAGCGAUAAAGUGAAGACGUUGAAGCCCGACUUUCGUUGUGGUUGCCGUUUCCUUUCUAU